UUCCCCGCUUCUUCGCUCAAGAUCACAGGAUAAGAAUUUCUCAACCAAUUGCGAGCAUCGACGCCAUUUCAACAGCAUGGCUGGUAUCAAUGGCACUCGCUCAUUCCCCUUUCACUCCUUAGCACCUCCGACCACUAAAAUGAAACCUUCACCACUAUCGCUCUCACCUUGCGAGUUCAGGCUCUUCGGCCCGUGCUUGAAUAAUCAGAGUUUGUGCAGACAAAAUUCUCCGCUCUCUCUUUCUUAUAGUUCUAGUAAGUCCGCAAUUAAAUCCCGUUACGGUGGUGGUGGGCCGCAACACUCCAAACGUAAGAGCAAUAAAGAGGAGGAUCAAGCCCUUGACAUUUUUUCCAUUAGCUCAGCUACUGUUAGGCUUAUUGAUCAGCAGCAGAAUAUGGUUGGAAUUGUAUCUAAAAAUGAGGCAAUUCAAAUGGCUGAAGAUGAGGAACUUGAUCUGGUGAUAUUGUCCCCUGAUGCAGAUCCUCCUGUGGUCAGAAUAAUGGAUUACAGUAAAUAUAGAUAUGAACAGCAGAAGAAAAAGAAAGAACAGCAGAAAAAAGUCAAUCGCAUGGAUUUGAAGGAGCUUAAAAUGGGGUACAACAUUGAUGAACAUGAUUAUUCAGUGCGCUUGAGAGCUGCUAGGAAGUUUUUGAACGAUGGUGACAAGGUUAAGGUAAUUGUUAAUCUGAAAGGCCGCCAAAACGAGUUCAAAAAUGUUGCUGUUGAGCUUCUUAGACGUUUCCAGAAUGAUGUUGGGGAGCUUGCAACUGAGGAGAGCAAAAAUUUUACUGACAGGAAUAUGUUUCUGUCUUUGGUUCCAAAUAAGGCUGUCAUUCAGAAAGCUCAAGAACCACCAAAGAAAAAGGAUAAGUCAGCAGCAAAUGAAGUCUCUGCUGGUGUCUGAGUGGCGAGUUUUAAACAAAUGGAUGCAACUUUUGUUUAUACUUUUCAUGUAGUUUUUAGGAUCUUUAAAUGUUGUAUACUUUUUUUUUUUUUUGCUGGGUAUGCUUUCUAUGUUAUACAAACUGUAUUAGAACAUGUUCUGUACAUCUUCAAUAUUAGAGUCGAGGUUUCCUUAUUUUUGACCA